GCAGGCGCGGGCCGGGUCGGGGGCGGGGCCACGAUAAGGCGGUGGCGGCGGCGCGGCGCGGGGACUCUAGGCGGCGGCGGCUGCUCGCGCCCGCGCCCUCCUCGCACCCGAGCGCCCCCCGAGAGCGACCCCCGCCCCCAGGCCCAGGCCCAGGCCCGAACCUAGCGGGUGCCGUGUCUCCUCCCGGGGCCUCCAUCGCCGCCCGAGGGCCAUGUUCCAGGCUGCAGGAGCCGCCCAGGCGACCCCUUCUCAUGAAACCAAAGGGAGUGGCGGGGGCAGCACUGUCCAGCGGUCCAAGUCCUUCAGCCUCCGCGCCCAGGUGAAGGAGACCUGUGCCGCCUGCCAGAAGACCGUGUACCCCAUGGAGCGGCUGGUGGCCGACAAGCUCAUCUUCCACAACUCCUGCUUCUGCUGCAAGCACUGUCGCACCAAGCUGAGCCUGGGCAGCUACGCAGCUCUGCACGGAGAAUUCUACUGCAAACCCCACUUCCAGCAGCUGUUUAAGAGCAAAGGCAACUAUGAUGAAGGCUUUGGCCGGAAGCAGCACAAGGAGCUCUGGGCUCACAAGGAGGUGGACCCUGGCACCAAGACAACCUGAAACCCCUCUGGCCUCCUUGGCGAGAGGGCUUGGAGGGGGGGGCAGUGGGAAGGGUGGGGGAGAGGUUGGAGCUGGGUGCGGGUGGGGGGCAGGGAGGGAAGGGGACCACGUGGCCAUCGUGCUCAGGAAGGAGUGGGGGCAGUGCUGGCCGACUCCCUCCCUCUCCACGGUGGGGUGGGUGCGUCUGGGAACCGGGGUUGUGGGUUUGCUCACCCUGCACUUCCUGCCUUUCAGCCCACCCCGCCUCAGCCCAUGGCCUCCCCGGAGAGGCCCGCAGCCGAGUCCCUUUCUAGGUGCCUUUUCUCCGGCAAGGAGUCCGCAUGCCCCCCUCAGGGUCCCAGCUCCCUCACUGCCCCACGGCUCCCAUCUACCUCUGCCCUUAGCCUGCUCCUGAGCCACGGAGACUGCAGGAAGUAGAGCCAGUGCCCAGCGGGAGUGGGGGGCAGCUGGACCGCAGCACCUGCCGCCCCCUCCCCGCAAGCCUAGGCGGCAGGGCGACUUGGGGACCAUCUCGCACCUCCGGAGUAAGCAGCAAGUAGGGGCGGAUGCUGAAGCACCGCCUGAACCCACAGAUUGGCAGGGCUGGUGGCAGCCAUGCUGCGCCCCCUCUCCUCCCUCGUUUCUGCCAAUUCUGACUGUUGUGAUAAAACCCCGUUUUAAAACAUGUUUGAAUAUAUCCAGA